AUGCAAGGAAAGCUGGUCCAGUGUAGUAACCCUGGAAUCUCAGCUGUUCCCAUUAAUGUCCCAGCUGACACAGUCAAACUUCGUCUGGAGAAGACAUUGAUCACCAAGGUGUCCCGGGCAGCAUUCUAUAAUCUUUCAGAGCUGCGGUUCUUAUGGCUGACCUACAAUUCAAUAACAUCAGUCCACCCAAGCAGCUUUGUCAACCUGAAGGCCAUACGAGAGCUACGUCUUGAUGGGAAUCUCUUGACAUCUUUCCCCUGGGAGGGGCUCAGAGACAUGCCCCUUCUCCAGACUUUGAGUCUCCACAACAACCGUUUGUCCAACCUUCCUGCCCAUGCCUCUCUCUUUCUCCCAAAUAUCACCUAUCUUGACCUGUCUAGCAACAGGUGGGUCCAAUUAUUCCAUGUACAGCUGACUAUAUUACCUGGUCUCCAUGACAACCCCUGGUUGUGUGACUGCCAGAUCUCAAUGCUGAUGUCCUUGUCCACAUCUCUGGGAAGUCCAGUAGUUCUUAUAGACAAACUGAUGUGCAGCAGGUCCCUGGGUAAGUCAGGAAUGCUGCUGACCCAGGCUGACCUGUCCCGCUGUAUGAGGCCCUCAGUCCAGCCUGCAGCCACCAGGGUCAUCUCUCCACUGGGCAGCAAUGUAAUCCUCCGCUGUGAUGCCACUGGCUACCCAACACCAACACUGACAUGGAUAAAAACUUCAGCCUAUAAUGUUUUGCAGGAAUCUCCUCGAGUGGGUGUUCGUUGGUCAGUAAUCAGCCUGAAUGGGUUAUCAUACAAGGAUGCUGGUGAAUAUCGCUGUCAGGCACGAAACAUGGCAGGGAUAUCUGAAGCCCCAAUUAAACUGAAGGUUAUGGGAGCCACAAGACUGUCCCUUUCAAAGAAGAAGUCCCAAAAGACUCCAUCCAGAUCAUUAUCAAAACACAAGAAGACUUACCAAACCCCUGCUACUACCACCACCCCCUCAGUGAAGGAGAAUCAGAUAAAUGCAACACUUGUCAGUAACAAGGCUCAGAAAACUCCCAGUUUGAAAGUACUUCAAGUAGACAAAGACAUUAAAAGGCGUAAAGUGAUCAUAGCAAGUGGCAAGAAAAACACCCCAAGUGCGAUCAAGUCAAUACCUGAAUCCUAUGACAAAUCUUCAAAUACUUUGUUGUCACAAACACUUGUAUGAUACAAUUUAGUUAGUCAGUUACUUGGUCGACUGAUGGGGAAAGCAAACAAAACUGUACUCGAAGUCUUACUUGUAGUUUUAGACUUUUAUGUUUCUGAGGAAUUCUGCACUGAAAAGUCAUGCACAUUUGUUUGUGUAUGUAUGUGUGCUGAUGCAGCUUGUUUGUAAAGAUAAAAUUUGUGACAGAAACCUGGAUGUAGUAUCUGCGAUGCAAUUUAUAGUUUUCUGAAAAGAUGCUUUGUUUCAGAUAUUUGAGUUUACAUUGUAUUUCAUAUUCCUUAUGUUUAGUACUUAUUCAGUACAGGCUGCAUGCUUCUACCAUUUAUAUUUUUCUGUAGUUUAUUUUAGAUGUAUUUUAGAUUCACUCUUCCAUAGUAGAAGCCUGACUCUUUUAAGUUUCUUUGAUUGACUACAUGGACAUUUUGGAUAUUAAAGCUUUAUCCACAUUGAAAUGCAGUUUUUUAAAAAUAAAAGGGUUAUUAUUCCUGCCUUCUCAUAAAAAUCUCACUACAUAUAGAACAUGCUAAGACAUUACUGAAGAUCUUAUAAGGUAUGUUCGUCAUGUCUAACAUCGCACAAACUUUUCUCACUUAAACAAAGGAGAUUGCAGCACACACAUUUAUGUUGUAAAAAACACUCUUAUUCCCUGUGUAGAAGUCAAUUCUUUAAAUGGACGUUAUGGCUGUGGAUAUGGACAGAUGAUCAAAAUACCUUAAAAGCUAUAUUUGAUCACAUUCCUUGACCCAUUACUAAUUUCCAAUGGAAAUUGUGCAUCCAGUACAGUGAUUCUUGCCUUGGUUGUAAAGGUGAAUUUGAUUUCCUGUUUGCUCAAUGCCUUUGUUGUAUUUCUCCUGCUCU